UAACUCGUACCCUCGAGUCGUCAACACUGCGAGUAUAUAUAUAUUCCUCCAUCCCGGACCGACGCCACCUCAGCCUUGAUCUUGCAGCGUCGGCAUCAUGCGUUUCCUGGUUCUGAUGGUGGCGGUGGCGGCGGUGAUGCCCGAGGACGUCAGUUCGCCAUUGUACCAGUUCUAUAAGUCUACAGGAGGCAACUUCGUGCACGGCUACGCUUAUCCUCACUAUCAACUCCGUGGUGGAGCCAGCGUCCCGGGCGGCGCCAAUUACCUCAGCGCCUACGCAGGUUACCCAACCCUGCUGACCCAUCCCUUGCUUGGCCUCGCCACCCACCACCAGAACCCUGUGGCUCCAGCCGAGAAAUUUAAAUCUGUUCCCGCGGUAGAGAUCUUCCCCCCUGGCGCUCCUGUGGUCCCGCAACAAGACACUUCCGAGUCAAAGCAAGAUUCUGGAAGGACCCCUCUGUCACCCUUGCUCAGGAUGGCUUAUGACGCAGGCUUCGUGAGUGCAUCAGGAGUCUCCCAGUCAGGUUCUCCGCUGUACGAUGUGUCUCCUUUCUUGGCUGAGGACGCCGGCAGCGUGUCUGAACUGGCUUAUCGUCUUGAGGCCGUCCCUGUUGCCGCUGUGCACGAUGUUCAGCGUCCAUACGCUGUGGAUCCUGACCACAGCUUCUCGCCAGUCCUCAUCCACAGCGAUACACCACAGGUCACCAAGUACACUCUUGAGGUGCCCGUCCAGUAGCUUUACUGCUGGCAAAUAAUUGAACGCCCUGAACAGAUCGCAUUGAUGUUAUUAUCUAAACGCGCCACAUUUCACUUAUACUUUUAAGUACUGGCUAAAAUUAAAUGAAAGAGAUACGUAAAUAAAGGUAUGUACGUAUGUUGUAUAAGGGACUACCACACGUAAUCCAGAUGGCAUCUUGCAGCUUGUCUUGCAUUUCGCUUCAUAGAAAACGAUGGUCUGUUAGGAGUAACUCGUGAGUUUACAAUGUGAUGGUGCUGUCCAAGGAUAAGCAACGACAGUUUCUCAUCCUUGAUGCUACCGUAGUCAUCCCGUCCGGUUAUUUUAACAAGGUAAGGCAAACACUUCAGCUUGAGGCAGGUGUUAGAUUGCUAGCGGGCCUCAGUAGUCCUUCAGUGAUGUCCCUGUUAUGCACUGUUGCAGCCUUAAGACAGCUUGCUGCUGUGUUGUAAUGUGAGCUUAUGGUUGUGAACACUACGUUGUUUUAGAGAGAGAGAGAGAGAGAGAGAGAGAGAGAGAGAGAGAGAGAGAGAGAGAGAGAGAGAGAGAGAGAGAGAGAGAGAGAGAGGAGAGAGAGAGAGAGAGAGAGAGAGAGAGAGAGAGAGAGAGAUAAGGAACAUGACAAUAAAGGACUUCAUGUGAAAAUCUGAUAGAGGACUUGUAUUUUUCUUGAUUGAUGUAUGAUAAUGUAUUUUACUUUAUUACAUUGAUAAUUUUUUUCUUUCAUUCAGUAUAA